CAAACCAGGCCCGUUUCCUCAAAAGAUGGUAGAGGACUUAGCAGCUUCCUAUGUUGCUCUGAAAUUGGAGAAUGAAAUCCUGCAGGCUCAAGUGAAGAGGCUCAUGGAAGAAAAUGCUGCCCUCCAAGCCCAGAUACCAGAGCUCCAGAAAUCUGGAGCAGCCAAAGAGAAUGAACCACUCCGAAAAUACUCAGAGGUCCACGAGCCCCCAGAGGCCUCAGAGCUACUGCAACCUCCAGCAGCCGGGACCUCACAAAAGCCCUGGGAAUCCCCAGGGACCACAGAGCCCGGGGGACUCCCAGAGAUCAAUGAGCCCAAGGAACCCUCAGUUAUUAGAGAACCCAGGGGUAGCCCAGAGAUCAAGGAGUCCAGGGACCCCUCAGCCAUCAGGGAGCCCACGGGACUCCCAGAGAUCAAGGAGUCCCAGAAGUCCCCAGAGAUCAAGGAGCCCCAGAUUCCCCCGGAAACCAAGGAGUCUAGGGGACCCUCAGCCAUCACAGAGUUCAGGGGAUCACCAGAUUCAUCCCCAAAGUUCAAGGAGUAUCGGGAACCCUGGGAGCCUCCAGAGGUCAAUGAGCCCUGGGAGCCCCCAGAGUCCCAGGAUUCCACAGCAGCCUGGGAACUCCAAGAGCCUUCAAAGGCCAAGGAGGCCCCCAGUCCCCCAGAACUCCAGGAGCUUUCAACCUGGAAGCCUCCAGCAGUCAAGAAGAUCCAGAAGGCUCUGGAGUCCCCAGCAGCCCAGAAGCCCCAGGCAACCUCAAGGGGUUAUGAGCUCCCAGCAGACUGGGAGGCAGGGCCCACAGGCAUCCAGGGUACCCCAGUCAUCAAGGAGCUCCAGAAUUUACAGCUCCACAACCUUACAAAUGAUGAGGAGUCUCAGAAGGUUCCAGAAUACCAGGAGACCUCAUCACAGCCGGAGCUCCUUGAGCACCCAGCUACCCAGGAGCCUCUGGACUCCUCAGAUACCGAGGAGUUCCUAGAACUCUCAGUACCUGAAGAGUCCCUAGAGGGCCUAAUAGUUGCAGGAACAGGAACAGCUGCUGCCUUUCCACAGGCCCACGUUAGAUUAGAGGCUGCAACUUUACCCCUAGAGUACCCAGUGGCCUUUAAUGGGAAUUCUCAGAAACUUUCUGAGUUUUUAGUUCAGUUGAACAGCUACCUGAGAACCAGAGGGCACCUGUAUCCCGCUGAAGCAGCUCUAGUAAGCUUUGUUGGCAGCUUCUUCUCAGGUGAGGCAGGAAGGUGGUUCCAGCCCUUAGCAGAUACCCAAAGUCCCCUGCUGGAACAAUUUGAAAGGUUUAUUCGAGCGCUCCAAGACACUUUUGACGAUCCAGAAAACAUAGAAGUAGCUACACAAGGCCUCCCUCAGCUGCGCCAAGGGGAAAGCCUUGUCCACAGAUAUGCAACCCGCUUCCAUCUCAUUGCUCAAGAGUUAAAUUUGGAUGAAAGCACCUUCUGCAUCCAAUAUCAAGAAGAGCUUGCCAGUUCUAUUCAAAAUGAACUGUCUUGCACAAGUCCAGCCACCAGCCUAUCGGAUGUGAUCAUUCAGUGUGUCACCCUUGAAGAGGAGACAAGUGGUAAGACUGAUUCCAAUUCAUCAUCCUCUGAAGAGGAAAAUGGCUCUGAGAGUCCACCAACUGAAAAUCAGGCUGUUCAAGCUACUAGUAAUCGACCUCACCUCAGUGAGGCUGAGCGGGCCCGACGCCGUGAAGGCCACUUGUGCCUCUACUGUGGCCAUCCGGGUCAUUUUGCCAGAGACUGCCCUGUCAAGCCUCAUCGUGCCCAGCAGGCGGGAAACAUGGAGGCCCGGCGGUAA